AUGUCUGCCGCCGGGAACGCGUCGCUUCUCCCCUCCGUUAACUUCACCAACCCGUUUGCGCAGCCGUCGUGGCGCGUGGCUCUGUGGUCGCUGGCGUACAGCUCCGUGCUGGUGAUCGCCGUGUUCGGGAACCUGGUGGUCAUCUGGAUCAUCGUGGCACACAAGCGCAUGCGGACGGUCACCAACUACUUCCUUCUGAACCUGGCAGUGUCAGACGCGACCAUGGCGGCGCUCAACACACCGGUCAACUUCGUGUACGCGGCGCACGGGGAUUGGUACUUCGGGGAUGCGUACUGCAAGUUCCACAACUUCUUCCCGGUGGCCUGUGUGUUCGCCAGCAUCUACUCCAUGACCGCCAUAGCCGUGGACAGGUACAUAGCGAUCAUCCACCCACUGAAGCCACGUAUCUCAGCCAUGUUAACCAGAGUGGUGAUCCUGUGUGUGUGGGGAGCAGCGGUGGUGCUGGCCUUCCCGCUGUGCUUCUACUCAAAGACCAAAGCAACUCCCAAUAGGACGCUAUGUUAUGUGGCCUGGCCCCGCCUCUUCAGUGAUGCAUUCAUGUACCACAUCAUCGUAGCUGUGUUGGUGUAUCUGCUGCCCCUAGUGGUGAUUGCGAUUACAUACAGCGUGAUUGGAGUGACAUUGUGGGGGGGCGGCAUGCCAGGAAAUUCUUCUGACAAUUACCAGGAGCAGCUACAGGCAAAGCGCAAGGUGGUGAAGAUGAUGGUGGUGGUGGUGGUGACCUUCGCUCUCUGCUGGUUACCGUAUCACAUCUAUUUCAUCAUCGCAGGUCUUUACUACAAUGUCAGCAAGUGGAAAUUCAUCCAGCAGGUUUAUCUGGCUGUGCUGUGGCUGGCCAUGAGCUCCACCGUAUACAACCCCAUCAUCUAUUGCUGCCUGAACAGCAGGUUCCGCGCAGGUUUUAAGCAGGCGUUCCGCUGGUGUCCCUUCAUCACUGUGUCUCACCUGGAUGAGCUGGAGCUGAAGUCGGCCCGAUUCCAACGGAACCGUCAGAGCAGCCUGUUUGUGUUGACCCGCCUGGAUUCCAGCUUCGACACGCACACCUCACACUCCUCACGUCGAAAGAGCUCUGCCACAAGUCGCCAUAGCAGUCUCAGCAGUCAAUCACGUCUUGCCACCCGCCUCUCUCUUAAUGGCUGUCAGCACACCCCUGCUGUAAACACCAUGCCCACCUAGUGCAGCUUUCAGCCACUCAGACACC